AUGCGCCAGAAACAGGCGGCGCGGCGCUUGUGGCCUGUUCUUGUCGCUUCAGUGCUCGGGCUCAUCGCAUACCGAAUCUUGUGCCCAUCCAAGGUUGGCUUUGGAGGAGAUGCCACGGGAAGCCCUCUAGACUACGCUGCUGAGUCUAGUCCUAUGAGCAACCGAGCGCAGGAUUUCGACAACCUUCAUCUCACUGAGGAACAAUGCCAGGAAACAUUCCCGAGCUUGACGAAGGAGAUAGACCUGGCCGUGGCCCAAGGCCCAUUCCAGCUCAACGUUGACGACGCCUCCGCGUCCCUGUUGGGACAAAUCAAGAACAACAAAUUGCUCAUUAUAAGAGCUCCAAGACCAGUUGACAUGUCUGACCAAUGGAGAGAGCGACAAAGAGCCGCCCUUCACCAGAUCCACCGAGCCAUCCUCACUUCACCAACUCGACUUCCAGACACCGUUUUCAACCUCUACAUCCAAGAUACGCCCGUAUCGAAGUCUUGGUCUCAUAGCAGACCCGCCAUUGCGUCGUCCCCAAGACACAUCUUCCCCAUCCCCCACUUUGCUUUUUGGGCCUGGAAUCAACCGUUCAUCCGGUCUAUCACCCAUGCUGCUGCCGCAACUACCGACAUCGAAGCCGCCUUGCCGUUCCAUAAGAAAGACCAGCGAGCCGUCUGGCGCGGGACGGCUUGGUUCAACAAUGGUGCUAGCGCGAACCCAAGAUCAAGGCAGGAGCUCUGGAAGAUCGCCAAGGAUGCGAGAUGGGCUGAUGUGCAGGCGUUGGAAUGGACGAACCAGGGAGAGGACGCAACGAAUGCCCUUAACAUCGAAGACUUUUGCCGAUACAAAUACAUCAUCCACACCGAGGGGGUGUCGUACUCGGGCCGUCUCCAGUUUCAUCAGCUUUGCGAGAGUGUCAUUCUGAGCCCGCCUAUCGAGUGGAUGCAGCACACGACGCACCUCGUAAAGCCAGUGUACUCUAGUACGCUGCUCGGUUCUACAGAGGCCAACACCGUUGAAAGGGGAAAGUCACAAAAGCAGCAGCAGGGACGCUACCCAUCAAAGAGAGCACAAGAAACGUGGCCGGCCACGUUUCGUCCGGAAGAGGCAAACAUGGUCUUUGUCAACCCGGAUUGGUCGGAUUUGGAGGCGACGAUCAGCUGGUUGGAAAACCACGCAGACGUAGCACAUGGCAUUGCAAAACGGCAGAGGGACUUGUUUGCUGGACGCGGAUACUUGAGCCCGGCCGCGGAAGUCUGUUACUGGCGGGCGCUUAUCCGAGGCUGGAGUCAAGUGGUACAUGCUGAUGAGGCCAUAUGGGAGAACAGCAAGGUGACGCCUUGGGAAGAGCUUAGUGUAAGAACUGAAAAGUUUCAGCAGAGGUCGUGA